CCACAUCAUUCAGAAGCAGGGAGUAGAGACAAACAAAGCCUGGAGUUGAGCCCCAGUGUUGUCUCCUGCAUCAAACAUGGUUUGGAGGCAGAAUAAAACAUUUCAGCUGGUGAGCAUCACUGUUGUCUGGGACUCAGCUGCCUGCAGAGAAACUAGAACACCAGUUCGAAUUCCAUCUUCCUCGUCGGACUGCCGGUCGGUCACCCUUGGGAUCACGUGGUACUUGUGGCAGCAUUGUUGACAUCACUGGCGAGGUCGCCGGGCGAGCCAGGAUGCGCUGAGUACAACACGCAGCGAGACAGUCCAGCAAAGUACUUCCUCCUCUCACUCCAUCAUCUACAAUCAUGUGGUGCAGGAGCAAAACACAAAGAAAUCUCACAACCCAACAACAAGAUCGCUUCCUUUGAGUUGACAGAGAGCGGGAGAGGACAUCGAGAACAUCGCUGACAAAAAGACUGAAGGUUAUGCUUGGACAGGCAAGAUGAGGGUCCGGGAAGAAACUCUGCUCCUGCUGUGGGUGACCGUGUGCCGUGUACAGCUGCAGAACACGCAGUUCCAGAACGGAGAACAACCAGACGCCAUCGAAAUAGUGUACAAACACAAUUGGUAUAGUGUGUGUUCGACUCACUACCUCAAUGUUAUCAACGAGCACUGGACUAACCACAUGACAGAGGUCUGUCAUCACAUCAAGGCUUCAUGUCAGCUUUUCUUUCAAACGACUUGUGUCAAAAACGGUGGAGUAAAGCUAAUCGUGAGACGUCUGGACAGUCCAGACAUCGAGGAAGUUUACCACGUCAUCAACGAAACAACUGUUAAAGAUAUCGACGGUUUUACCAUCAUGAGUUUUAAGACGUCCACCAUCACAGAAGUAACCACUACAGCGACUCCUCCUGUCCCCGCAGUUUCCAUGACAAUGAUAGGAACCAUCAUAGGCUGUGCCCUGGGUCUUGUGGCUGUAACCCUUCUUGGCUUCAUUGCCCUGAAACUGCUGCGCACAUUCAACUUAAAUGCCCUUUCUACACCUGGCACCACGGUACCUGAAAACCUUCCUCUUUCGACCUAUCGACGUCGGGAAAGGUACACACCGAUGCCAGGGGAACCGCCAAGGGGCCGCCCGCCAACUCUUCCCGCCUCCAGACCUCCGACCAAGAAGCAGGAGCUAAACGAUGAAGACAGCGUCUACGACUCCAUCGACCCGGAAUCGAAGGCUACAAACGAAGACGAUGGCUACAUGCAGCCAGUGCAGGUGGACCUCAGCCUCAGCUGCAGCUUCACGAAACACGAGAAGAUCGACAAAAAGAUCAUCGACGACAUGGAAGACGGCUACUUGAAGCCGUCCCUCUUCUCCGACCCUCCGCUCAAGCGCGCGCCAGAACCUCCGGGCGCCGUGGGUCGUGUGCGCGACGAUGCUGUGGGGACCGUGGCUGUCAAGCGGCCAGCACAGAAGGACGGCGAUGAAGAUGAUGCGUGGGAAGAGGACUACAUCUCGACGAUCGCUUACGUCAACAUCAACCUAACGGCCCGCACCUCCCGUGUGCCACCAGUCGACAGCAAGCGCCUCCCUUGCAAGAAUCGAGGAGGAGGAAGAGGACCCUGAGCGCAAGUACGAUCGCAUCUCGGCAGGCGCAUCCAUCGCGCGAAAGUGAGGUCACGUGACUGUCAAGAUAGAUCGACCCACCCACCUCACCAUUUUGUUUUUUUUUCCUUCGUCAAAUGUUUUUGGUCCGAACGGACAGACUAGGGGAUUUUAAGGAAACCCACGCUCAUUUGUUUGUUUGCUUGUUCGAAGUAUUUUUUCAUUUGUCUAGAGGCAGGUAUAAUCUUAUUUUUGCCCCAAAAUAAAGCAGAUGAGAGACAAGAAAUGAUUUAACAUGAUUCCGCUGAGGGAACAAAUGUCACGAGAUCUUGAGAAAUGGAAGGACCGCUCAACUUUUAUUUUUGGCUUGUGUAAGUUUUUUUCAUGUUUGGUGACAUACUCUUCUCACCACCACCAAUACACAAAGCUGUGAUCUGACACAGACAAGAAGUAAGAUGAGUGAUUCCACAGAGGACACAGACUUUGAAUCUCUCGGGAAAAGUGUGUCAAGCUUUUGUGAUCUUACAGAGACAAGUGUCACGAUUCCACAGAUGAAAAAUGUAUUGAGAAGAACGGAAAAGUCACGUUCAAUUGCGUUAUUAUUAUUUACUCGUUCUUGGCUGUUGUUAGAUUUUUUUUUCUAGUCUAGGGGCAUUCAGCCUUUUUUCCCCGAGAUCACAUCUUAUAUUGUCAAGUGAUCUUGUAUGGACAAGAAGUGAUAUAUGUCAUGUUUCCAUGGGGGAAAGAAAUGCAGUGAGCUCUUCAGACACCAAAGUUUUUUGAACUUCACAAUCCCACACAGACAAAAAGUGAUAUGAAGAAUGAAACAAAUGCCGAGACAUGCUAAGUUUCUCUUACUAUUGUGAUCUCACAGAGAUAAAACGUGAGAUAAUUCCACAGAGGAAACGAUACAAGAUUUUUUGUCAGACUGUCAUCUCAUACAGACACCUGGGGUGACUUCACAUGGAAACAAGACAGACAUGUCAGCCAGGAUUCACCUUGCAGAGACAAAGUUGUCGGCUCUGGCAAGAGGCACAGAAGUUGUCAGCCAUGAUCUCAGAAAGGAUUAAAGUUGUGAUAUUGGUUGUCAUCUGGUAUUACUGAAGACAGCUGGGAUUACCGGAACAUUUUCAAGUAGGCUACGUGUUUGAUUUUUGGUUUUACUUAUACCAGGAUGACUCUUCUCAAGAUUAGUGCUUAGCUUACAGGUCUUGGAGAGCAUCACAAGAAUAACACUUUUGCAUUGUGCAACUUAUUAGCUGACCUAAUUUUAAUGCAGGUAAUCACUUUCGCUGACCACACAAGCAUUGCCUUAACCAGAGCAAAUAUAUAUAUGAUAUUUGUGUGUAUGAUUAUUUCCAAACAGUUUAAUCGUCUUGUAUCUAAAUUUACUAUAUAUUUAAAAACAGUUGUCAAAUUAUUGAGCAGCAACCGCACACUAUGCAUGCAUGAGAACCUUAUUUUCAUACACACCCUCUCUCUACAUGCACAAUACUCUUUUUCCCACUUCAAAGAGUGUGAGAAUGGAAUGAAAGAAUGUAAAAACAUAUUUUUAUAUUGUUGUACAUUUGUAACAUAAUUCGCACAAAAUCGUGUUCUUAUUGAUGUUUUGCUGUUCAUAUAUCGAAUAUCAUGUAUAUUCAUUCAGUGUAUCACACUGCUAACAUACGACCAUACACCAUACUUUCAAGUAUCAUCACAUGCAUGCUGGCACCUAAAUGACAAAGAUCUUUUGAAAUAAUCAUAUUUUAAAGCACUUACAUAAUUCUGCUAUCAAGGAAAUAUCAUCAUCAAUCGAGUACGUUUGUUUUUAGUUCUACAUAAUUUUUCUAAUUUUUAAAAAAUAAUUAGACUCUAAGGGAUCAACAUCUAAUGAACAUAAUGUUGAUUUCAUGCACAAGGCCACAGCAAAACCUUACAAAUAAAGUCUGUAGAGUAACAAAUAGUCAGCUUUACAUAUUUUUUACAUCAAGUAUUACAUUUUCUUUUUCCCAUUAUGCACUGCUAAAUUUGCUUCCCAAAUAAACACAAAACAU